AGCAUGGUGUCCCUGUAUUUCUCCGGAGGCUCCUGGAUGGCAGCUCUGACAGUGACACUGAUGGUGCUGAGCCCGCCCCUGGCCUGGGCCAGGGAGACCCAACAGAAUUUCCUGUACCAGUUUAAGAGCUACUGUUACUUCACCAACGGCACGGAGCGGGUGCGGUUCGUGGAAAGUCACACCUAUAACCGGGAGUUCCUACGCUUCGACAGCGACGUGGGCGAGUACCGGGCGGUGACCGAGCUGGGCCGGCCGGACGCCGAGUACUGGAACAGCCAGAAGGACUUCCUGGAGGAGAAACGGGCCAAGCCGGACACGUACUGCAGACACAACUACAGGGUUGGGGAGAGCUUCACGGUGCAGCGGCGAGUGGCACCUACAGUGACUGUGUAUCCUGCAAAGACACAGCCCCUGCAGCACCACAACCUCCUGGUCUGCUCUGUGAAUGGUUUCUAUCCAGGCCACAUUGAAGUCAGGUGGUUCCGGAACGGCCAGGAAGAGGAGGCGGGGGUGGUCUCCACAGGCCUGAUCCCUAAUGGAGACUGGACCUUCCAGACCAUGGUGAUGCUUGAAACAGUCCCUCAGAGUGGAGAGGUCUACACCUGCCAUGUGGAGCACCCCAGCCGGACCAGCCCUGUCACAGUGGAAUGGAGGGCACAGUCUGAAUCUGCUCAGAGCAAGAGGAUGAGUGGAAUCGGAGGCUUUGUUCUGGGUCUGCUCUUCCUUGGGGUGGGGCUGUUCAUCUACUUCAGGAAUCAGAAAGGACACUCUGGACUUCAGCCAACAGGACUCCAGAGCUGA